AUGAAAACUUUCCAACAACACGCAAAACCACCUUUCGAAAUUGAAACACUUCCUGAACAUUUUGAUUCCAUUGAUGCAGUUCAAAUGGAAGAAUAUUAUGACAUGGGAAUUAUUUGUCAAUUGAUAUUCAAGAAGGAUAUCAAUAUGGAUGAAGAAGCUCAACGUGAAUUGUUCUCGGAAUUGAUGGAUCGUUUGAUAUUAAGAACCGAUAGCUCCAAUGUGACCAUCUUGUGCCCGAAUUUUGAUCUUGAAAUUCCAAAGGGUAAUGCAAAGUUUGGUACCGUUCGUGAAUUUUUGAAAUCCUUGUUGUACUCAUUGGAUAACAUGCCAUCUGCCAUCAAAGAACAACUCUCUCCAAAAAUCGGUGUCUUUAAAGAGAUUGUUGAAAAUGAAGAUUUUGUUCCUGAUUGGUUUAAAUUAAUCAUUGAAGAUCCACUCGGAAAUUCAAGAAUUCAAUGUAAAAAGUUUGACAUUGGAACAGAUGAGAAUGGUAAUUUAACAUUUGUUGAUUAUUUCAAGAAUGAUCCCCAUGUUAGUGUUGACUUAUUCCAUCGAUCAGAAGGAGAAUGUGUUGAGUUUGACUUGAUUUUAGACAAUGAGCAAAGACCUCACACUCUUUAUGGUGAAGAAGCUUUUGACAAGGUGUUAGAACUCUUGUCACACUCUCAAAAAAUCGUUGGAUUGACUGGGGCUGGUGUCAGUGUUGAGAGUGGCAUUUCAGCAUUUAGAAAUAGUGGCUCCUCUAACUUACAAAACAUUUGGGAUAAGUGGAAUCAAGACGAAAUGACUUAUCAAAACAUUUUGGGUAGAAAAAAGAUACGGGAUGAUUAUUUCGAAAUGCAUGCGUACCUCAAGGAACAAAUUUCCAAAGCUUUUCCAAAUCCAUCUCAUCAACUUUUUUCUGUAUUGAACGAUCAAGGAAAACUUCUACGAGUCAUUACUCAAAAUAUUGAUGGUAUGCAUCAACGAGCUGGUUUGCCAGAGUCUAAAGUUAUUGAGAUUCAUGGUUCCUCUAAAACAGUUGUUUGUACCAAGUGUCAUCAGUUAAUUGAAAAUCCCAAUGAAUUGUAUGAGAAAGUGAAGGAACAUGUCAAGAGAGGUGAAGAAAUUCCUAACGAGCUCACUACAUGCUCAACAUGUGGAGGUAUUUUGAAACCAAACACUGUUUCGUUCGGGGAGGCCCUUCGUCACUCUGAGCUUGUGGAUGCUAGACAAAUGUGUCGUGAAUGUGAUCUACUGAUCGUUAUGGGAACAAGGUUACUGGUCGAACCAGUGAAUACCCUUCCAAAACUAGCUUCUAGAAGAGGAAUUCCUGUGGUGAUCAUCAACAUGGAGGCAACACCGUUCGAUAAAAAUUGUGUGGCUAUUCUUCAAGGUAAAGCUGGAGAGUGGUGCCAACAAAUCAUUAAUAAAUUAUAG